GUCGAACAUGUCAAACUUUGAAACUGUCAUCCCGUCAGAUUCAAUCUCGAGGCAACGAACCAUGGGUGACAUCUCGGUCCGGGAAUACAUACGCUGGCUCCCAGGGGAGCCGAGCGAGCCCACAUCCACCAUUGUAUUGACGACGCCCGAGCGGCGCUUCGUCGACCUUCGCAUCUUCAAAUCAGCCGCCACUCCAACGGAGGAAGGUUCAAGUCCCGAGUCAGGAGACGGCAUCCUCCCACUUUCAAGACUCGAUUGGGCGAUUGCGGGUACUUCGUCUUCCUCUCCCCUUGCCUUCGACAACUCGGUAGGCGAGAAGGAGACUGUCGGCGAGUUCAAGCUCCAGUUUGGAACCGAAACCGUAAUUGCCAACAAGGCGACACACUGCCAGUGGCACCACUGGAUAGACUCUCGCACGCCGAAUACAGAAGGUCUUGUCGACGAAGGCGACAACUUUGAACACCCAUCCAACCCAGCCCUGACCCUGGAAAGGGGCAGUAUGGUGGACCCCAACACGGGAAUCGAGGCCGACUACGAGGAACUGUGGCGGUCUGAGCCCGUUGAACCGCUUCUCGAAGAGGAAGUCCGCUGUCUUGCGUUGCAGUGGCAAGGCGAUGAAGAGAUGCAAAGCGGUCGGGUCAGGAGGGGAUUGUUUGUUCGGCUGGGGCACCACUGCCAGGUGCUUGCACGGGACGGAGACGACAUCACCGUUGAGCGGUUGAGAUGGGACGCCGGUCGGCAGAGAUGGGUUAGCCAGGUCCGGAUUGGUCAAAAGGAUUUGCCGAUACCGUUCGCGACGGGUUCAUUGCGCGAUGUUAGGCUGGGCGACAGAGUUGUGGUUGGUGGUGAUGUAUGGGAGGUUGUGGAGAGGGCAUAAACGACCGGAGGUUGCAUGUGACGAAUGCGAUCUUGUCUUUCGAGCGGCAUUACGGGCGGUUGAACCCGCAAGGCACGUCUUCACGGCUGCCCAUCAUGUUUGUGGCAGCCUCGAACUCGGGCUUCUGGCAACCUCUGCCUGUCUGCCACAUGUUGAUGUUAGCGAAGGUGCCACAGACCGGGACAUAACAUAUCGUGAGCCGAGUUUGAUGUGAAAAUAUGAAGUGUGAAGUCCUCUAUGUGAUGAUCAGCUCUGCUGAGCCUGCUGGAUGACAACUCUGAGAAUAUGGGAAAUGUAACCUCGCCGUACGUGAGGAGAGGAAGUAUUCGCGACUUCUGUAACUGCACUGUCCA